UUUAUCAUUAACAGUUACGCUAAGGCUGUUUUUUAUUUGUUUGUACUUGGACUUGCAAAACUCAGAGCUGGAGCCAAUUCAACCAAAAUGUAUUAACCGCAACAAACACAGAAGUUGCUGAAAAAGCUCAGCAGGUCUGGCAGCAUCUGUGAAGAGAAAUCAGAGUUAACGUUUCGGCUUUUACUAGAUGAGUUGGUAAAUUACUGCCCAGCCAAGAAGAACAGCAGGAAUUUGUUAGAACAAAGGUGGUUUCAAGAUGUCAUGUCCCAAAGAGCAGUCAAGUUAUUCUCUCACUUUAAACAUAGCGACUUCAAUUAUUUUGUCGUUUUAUGCAUGUCAAUUUUCUAUGUUUAAAAAAUCGCUGUUUCCAAUUUAUGUUCUGUUGAUAUUAUUUCUUCCUCAGGAAGAGAGAUGAAAACACAUUUAGGUGAAAGGUAUUCGAGUAACUACACAUUCAAAGCACAAACACUCUCCUGUAAAUGUGCAAACUUGCCUGGGGAAUCUUCAAAUCCGAUCAGGAAAAUCGAACGGGACGGAACCGUAUCAUCAGAUGCAGCGCCAAGGUUUGACAAAAAAUAUUAAAGUGGGACAACAAUUUUUCAAAACGCCUUUCUCACUUUACAAACGCCACCCAUAGCAAGCCGCUCCCGACGGCCAGGCCUAGCCAGGUUACCCUGGUAACGGGAGAGGAUGACCCAGUGACCCGGAAGGAGACCCCGCUGAUGGACAGGCGCUGGGGGGCGGGGUAAGGAGGUCGGGCCGAAGAUGGCGGUAGUAGCGGUUUGUUGGAAGCGUCUCGGUUUUUACUCGCUCUUGGCCGGCUAUUUCUUCCGCUGGUGCGCGGUGGCAGCCGAGAAGGUGGCGUCGGUGGAUGUUUUCCUGAUGGAUUCUCGAACGGGUUGGUCCGCGGAGUUCGGCUUCAAGUCGGGCAGCAGCUAUCGCCUGCAGGGCACCGUAUUGGCGCUUGGUAGCGGGUCUGACAGUCCCGGCCAAGGUAACCAGGGGCUGCGCGUCUUUCCAAAACAUAACCAGGACAGCUUAGAAGGAAGCUUAAUAUUAGUUAAAGAUGAACAGUUGGACAUCCGGCCAGACACUGGAGAGAAAUGGAUUGGUGUUGUGCCUGUUGAUGAAGAGCAAGUUGAAGGAAAAGGGAACAACAAGCAGGAAUCAUUUGCUGCAGCUGUUGUUAAUAAGAUGAAAAGAGCACUUGUUCUGGGAGCUUCUGCCUUUUUGAUUCUGGUUUUAAAUCAGAAUGCAUUCACUGAGAUGGACAUUUCUCAAGUGCUUUCAAAACCUGUUGUCAUAAUGCAGAGCUCUGAAAAUGUAACCAAGCUUCUGGGAGCCCUAUUAAGUGGUCUUCGUGCAUCAGCCAAAAUAACUUUUAAAAGCAUAAUUCAAGACAAUCUGGGAGUAACAUUAACACUAUGGUCAACCUGUGGACGUUCACGAGGUGGUCUGUAUGGAGAAUGGCAAGGUGUGAUUUGUACAGGAGAGAACAGCUCACAAGUUCAGAAAUAUCUGCAGCAGUUGUGGAACACUAUCCUAUUAGUGGGUUUAAUCUUAAGUACUGGAGUCAUUGUGCAAGCUCAGUGGCAAUAUAGACACCAUGAACCAAGUACGGAAGAGAUGGAGAUGGGUUUGAAGCAACAAAUCCUAAAGCAAUUAUCAGCGCUGAAGACCCGAAAGUAUUAUCCAAAUAAAAAAUGGAAAACACAGUUGCAAGAACUUGAGAGCUGUGCAGUGUGUUUGGAAGAGUUCCAUAAAAAUCAGUGUCUACGAGUUCUGCCAUGUCUACACGAGUUUCACAGGGAUUGUGUUGAUCCCUGGCUCCUACUUCAACAGACAUGCCCCCUCUGUAAACGGCAUGUCCUAGGUGAUCUGUGUGAGAACAGCUGAAUGUAUUCUCUCGUGGACGGAAAACAGGAGACUUCUGCGGCCCGAUUUUAUGUACACCUUGAAACUUUUUAUAUUGCACUUUAUUCGUUACGUUCUGAACAACCAGUUCAAUUUGUGGUAAUCAAGUGAACAUUGACUUUAACAUCCACAAUAAGAUAUAUCCUGUUAUUGUGUUGGAAUGUUUGGUUUAUUGACUCACACAAACAAGAUGUGAAGUAUACCACAUAUAGAUCUGUGAUGCAACGGUCACUUGUUUCUGGAAUGCUCAUGAAUAAUGAGACAAUUAGAUGGACUAUUCAAGUUAGUGGUUAAGCCAUUGAAGGUUAGCCAUUUUCUUCAUUAUGUUCACGCUGCAAUAACAGUGCUUUUCCCCUUUUUAUUUAUUGAUUAUAUUUAUUCUCCUGAAAUUUUACAUAUGCCUAUUGUGAAAAUGCUGGUAGUUAUUUUGUCUUUAUUGACACUUCCAACUUAUAAAUCAGAGGAGAGAUGCAAAGUCUUUGGCUUUCACAGUUGAACUGUAUUUGGGCAUUAAAAUCUUUUCAAGUUUUUGGCAAAUUGUACUGUGCUUGGGAACCAGUUCAUGGUUUGGCUGCUGUAUAUUCCAAACAGUUGAGUCUAAAUGAACCAAUUUAUUAUCUCUGAGUAUCUAUUGCCAUUUGGAUUCUUGGAAAAUUAUUGAGAAGGUUAUAAAUCUUAGCAACCCCAGAAACUUUUCCACCUAAUCAGAAAAACCUUAUUAACUCUGAUCUUCCUCUCACAUAUUUGGGACUUAUAAGCAUCUGAUCAUGUUCCAUCAGUGUGUUUUAACAUUUAUUGAUAUGAGAAUUGGCUGCAUCACUGUUGGCAAAUGCAGGCAAUAGUCUCCCUGUAGUUUUUCCAACAAUUAAUGAGGUGAUAUUUGAGGUUUAGAAUGAUCUGCAUCUCCCUAAAUGUUUCCCAGAAGGGGAUUAAACUGUCAUUAUUUAGUGCUGAUUUGGAGGUACCAGUGGUGGACUGAGGUGUACAAAGUUUAAAAAUCACACAACACCAGGUUAUAGUCCAACAGGUUUAUUUGGAAGCACUAGC